CUUAGUCUCUUUCACUACUUUUUUGACCUCCUUAUUGGUCAAUUUGUAGCGCUUAAGGUUUUCCUCAGUGCUAUCAUUUUGCCACUUUUUAAAGCUCUCUUUUUUCAUCUUUAUUACUGCUUGGACCUCCUCUUUCCACCACCAAGUUUCUCUAAAGUUAGGGUUUCUUUCCUUUAGACUCUCCAAGAACUUCCAUUAAGAUUCUUCUCACACAAUUGACUAUUAAGUUCCACAUAAUGUUAACAUCAUAUUCCAAGUCCAAGUACCUUCUUUAUCCAUUCUAUUCUUAAAUGUGUUUAGUUUAUCCCCUUUUAGGUUCCACCAUCUAGUCUUGCGAUGCCUACUAUCUUUCCGAGUUUGGUAUUGCCCUUUAAAGCAUAAAUCUAGUACCAAAAUCUUAUGUUGAGACAUCAAGCUCUCUCUAGGAAUCACCUUAAAGUUGCUACAUUUUAGACGGUCUCCUUUCCUUACUAAAAAGUAAUCUAUUUGGCUCCUAAUUGACCCAUUCUUGAAGGUUAUCAAAUGCUCCUCUCUCUUCUUACACAUAGUAUUGGCCACAACUAGGUCAGAAGUCAACGCAAAAUCUAAAAUACUCUUUCCAGCCUCAUUUUUAUCACCAAAACCAUACCCACCAUGCACCCUCUCAUAACCUAAUUUAUCUACUCUUACAUGGCCAUUGAAAUCACCACCUAUAACUAGGUUCUCUCCUACGGGUAUCUCGUGUAAUACCUCAUCCAUUUGGUCUCAAAAAACUCUUUUAGUCUGAUCAUCUAAUCCUAUUUGGGGGGCGUAUGCACUAAUAAUGUUCAGUAUAUUCUCUCAGAUAACUAUUUUAACUAACAUAAUCCUAUUACUUUUUCUAAUGACCACAACUAUAUUUUUUACAAGACCCUUGGCAACUUUUAUUCCUAUCCCAUUCCUAUGUCUAUUCUUGCCACUGUAAUAUAGCUUAAAAUUGGUAUCCUCUAUUUCCCGAGCUUUCUCACCCGUCCACUUAGUUUCUUGUAUGCAAGCUAUACUAACUCUCUUCCUAAUCAUGACAUCUACCAAUUCCAUAGUCUUACCAGUUAAAGUUCCUGUAUUCCAUGUGGCUACCUUAAACCUAUAAUCUUGGACUACCGUCUUUAUCCGCACUCGUCUAGAAAAACGUGAAAAUCUUUGCCUUUUUUUCACCACACCCAGGCGUCGAUGCGGCACCUCUUGCUCACUUUUCGAAGCACCCGGAGGCAGGCGCAACGCGUCAAUUAAGGGGAAUGGCCUAGCAUUUAAUCGAUUCAGAGUAUUAGGCUUCAUGUCAUGAAGGAUCCAAGCGGCUUUUUUUACGUGUUGGUUGUUGGCUAUCUAACACACAAUCCUUCUCCUUUAUCUGGGCUUGGGACCGGCGGAGUUGUUAAGCAACCCCGGCAAAAUUGCCAACUGAUCAGUGGGUCAAAUACCCAUAGAGAGAUGGAUCGAAAUCUUCAACCCAAAUACCUGAAUGACUCGUGAGUGGCUGGAGAGAACUCCUGUGAGGGUUGCGAUGGCUGAAGAAGGCUCGUGAAGGGUCGCGAGAAAGCUACGACUACGAAACUGGACCUGCGAAGGAGUUUGAAUUGCUGGAGACAAAUCUUUGGGUCUGCAAUCACAUGCUUGCGAGGUAGAAGAGGACAAAUUCAGAGAUGCUACACCUACAUGCUAAGGCUGUUGAUAAAUCAGUCCAAAUACACAAACUUGGGCCGCCUCAUGGAAACUCAUGGUUCAAAGCUUUUAGGUGCAUCAUACAAGGAUCCCAUAACAAGUUUUAGCCUAUUUCAGAAGUUCACUGUUCAGCAUCCUGAGGUUUACUGGUCAUUUAUACUAAAAGAGCUUUCUAUUCAAUUUCGUGAAGUCCCAAAUUGCAUUUUGGAUACUUCUGACAAAUCUAAACACGGGGGAACAUGGCUUCCUGGUUCAGUUUUGAAUAUUGCUGAAUGUUGUUUACAAGCAACCAAAUAUCCAAGAAAGCAGGACGACAGUUUAGCCAUUGUAUGGAGAAAUGAAGAUUGUGAUGAUUCCCAUGUCAAUCAAAUGACAUUAAAAGAGCUCCGUGAGCAAGUAAUGUCGGUGGCUAGUGCACUAGACGCAAUAUUUUCAAAGGGAGAUGCAAUUGCAAUUGAUAUGCCCAUGACAGUCACUGCAGUCAUUAUAUACUUGGCAAUUGUAUUAUCAGGAUUUGUUGUUGUAUCAAUAGCUGACAGCUUUGCAGCAAAGGAAAUUGCGACUCGUUUGCGUGUGUCUAGAGCAAAGGCUAUCUUUACUCAGGACCUCCAGACCAAGAGGAUGAUUGGUUCGGGGCAUGAGAAGGAUGGCUUAUACUUUUUGGACUCUGAGACGUCUCCUCCUCCAUCUGCUGUGUUGAGUGCUAGUGUAUCUCCUCUUCAGUGGCAUUUUCGCUUGGGUCAUCCCUCCUUGGCCAAGCUCAAGUUAGCUGUUCCGUGUUUGAGUCAUGUUUCUCAGAUUGAGUGUGAAGCCUGUCAAUUUGGAAAGCAUCAUCGUAGUUCUUUUCCUCGUCGUAAUGAUUUUAUAGUACGAGGGGGUCGGAAAUUUCCUUUAUACAGUCGAGUAGUAGAAGCUGUUCCACCUAAAGCUAUUGUGAUUCCUGCAUCUGGAAAGGACGUGGAUGUUCAACUGAGGAAACAGGACUUGUCAUGGAAACAUUUUCUUUCCAGUGUUGAUUACCACCCUAGAUCAAAUUACUUUUCUCCAGUCUAUCUACCUAUAGACUCCACGACUAAUAUACUCUUCUCAUCCGGAACCACAGGGGAUCCAAAAGCUAUACCAUGGACCCAGCUUUCUCCAAUUAGAUGUGCUGCUGAUUCCUGGGCAAAUGUUGAUGUUCAGUCUGGGGAUGUCUUAUGCUGGCCCACAAAUUUAGGAUGGGUGAUGGGGCCAAUUUUGCUGUAUUCAUGCUUUCUAACUGGGGCAACUCUUGCUCUUUAUCAUGGAUCUCCUCUCGGCCGUGGCUUUGGACAAUUUGUUCAGGAUGCAGGUGUGACUAUUUUGGGCACAGUCCCAAGCUUAGUCAAGGCUUGGAAGAGUACACAUUGCAUGGAAGGCCUAGAUUGGACAAAAAUAAGGUCAUUUGGUUCUACUGGAGAAGCCUCUAAUGUUGAUGAUGACCUUUGGCUUUCUUCGAGGGCUUACUACAAACCCAUUAUUGAAUGUUGUGGGGGCACUGAACUCGCAUCAUCCUACAUCCAGGGAAGUCUUCUGCAACCUCAAGCAUUUGGAACAUUUAGCUCUGCGUCAAUGACAACAGGCUUUGUCAUCCUUGAUGAACAUGGGGUUCCUUAUCUGGAUGAUCAAGCUUGUGUUGGUGAAGUGGGUUUAUUUCCUCAAUACAUGGGAGCUACUGAUAGAUUGCUUAAUGCUGAUCAUGAAGAAGUGUACUUCAAAGGAAUGCCCAUGUACAAAGGAAUGCAACUAAGGAGACACGGAGACAUCAUCAAGAGAACUGCUGGAGGAUAUUUUGUUGUACAGGGAAGGGCUGAUGACACCAUGAAUCUUGGUGGUGUAAAGACGAGCUCAGUUGAAAUUGAGCGAGUGUGUGACCAGGCCAAUGAAAGUAUCAUGGAAACUGCUGCUGUUAGCGCUGCACCAGCAAAUGGUGGUCCAGAACAGUUGGCUAUAUUUGUGGUACUGAAGAAAGGAUUUAACACACAACCAGACAAGCUAAAGAUGCUAUUUUCAAGAGCCAUUCAGAGAAACCUUAACCCGUUGUUUAAGGUGAACUUUGUAAAGAUUGUACCAGAGUUUCCUCGAACAGCUUCCAACAAAUUACUCAGGCGAGUUUUGAGGGACAAACUAAAGCACGAGCUUCACGUUUGGAGUAAAAUGUAACCGCAACACCAUUAAUUAUGCAUAUGAAGGUUUUCACCUUGAUCUGUGCUUGCAUUUAAUUUUUUUGAGAUGGAUGAAUAAGAAUGAUGGGGUCAUUAAAUUCCUUUGAGAGCCAAUUGAUUCUAUCUGAAAAGCCAGAAGAAAAUCUUCAUUUCAUUGGGUGAAUCAUUUAUCAUUAUAGUGAUUGUAUGAUUUGUUGUGGUUUGAUGUAAAACAUGUGACCAAUUGCUCAAACAAUGCAAACAAUGUUAUGAAUAAGUCAUGUAAUUCAAGCUUUUUAUUCUUUA